AUGAACGGCUACCGGACGAUGCAGCGGCGCCUCUCCGAACCCGUAGGGGCAACACCCCCGACGCUCCGAGAGUCGUUCGCCACCGACGCAGCCGUGGCAGCAGGUAUCAUGGAAACGACAGCACCAAUUCCGGCUCGCUCGGACCGGACACUCCUCUCAAAGGCAGACGCGCUCGCCAAGAUGACUGUCGAGCUCAACCUCCGGGUCGUCAGCGCCCAGGCCGAGCGUCUCGAGCGGGAGAUCAAGGAGCUUGUCGCCUGCACCGCCCAGGAUAGACAGUUCCGCAAGAAGAACGAGGAGCGCAUGACUGACAUGAUGCGCGAGAUCUGGUCCAUAAAGCUCCGCAUGGAUGAGGUAGCCGUCGGUCACACCGAUGUUGACGCUCUCUUCACUCGCUGCCAGCGCGAGACGGAGGAGCUGCGCCUCCAGCUGCGCGCAGAUGUCGACGACCUCAGGAAGCAGAUUGACGAGGCCCUGUCCCGCCUUGAUUCCCUUCCCUGUCCCGCCGAUGUCGAGGCUGAAGUUGCGACGGGCAACCGUCAGUCCCUGCUCGCCGAGGCGACAUCCCUGAAGCUAGCGAGAGAGGGUGCGCCGCAUCCCGUGAAACUGCUCGCCACACCAUGGGGGGGGUUUUUCCCUUGCGCAAAGCUCGGACGGGCUGAUGAGACGAACAGAUUGCUCCAAGCGACCUCCCCAUCGCCGGGUGGCCGAAACUAUACGAUCGACCCGCCGCUGGCACAGGGACCUCAAGAAGUCGACGGUACCAGAAUCCCAGUUUGUCUUGGAUUACCUCAAGCAGCAACUCAAGCGCGAUCCCGACAUGGCCGUCUUCAUACAGCAGGCGAUGCAGAAGCGUCUCCAGCGCAAAAGCAGCGGGCCGGGGACCAGGUCGAUUCCACGCUCGCUGGAGGAGUUUUGCAAGGACGCCAGGUGGAUGGACGUGGUUGA